AUGUCGAGAAACCCAACUGACGUUAAAUGUGCCAGACCUCUGAAGGUUCAAAUCGGCGUCCGCGACCACUGGGCGGCGGAGACGGGUCCGACUAAGACGUCGCUAAAUAAGCUCGCCAGCGUCCUCGGGCGGGCGGUCGUUGUCGAUCCCGAGUGGCAGCUGCUGCUCAACGAGCUCGGCGGGAUUUACUCCGACAAGCUCCGGUUUGUGCAGGUGGUCGCAGGAUGUGUCGAGGCAUUUGCGAAUAGCACCGCGGAGCUGCUUGAGGACGAGGAAGCCCAUGAGCAGUGGAUAGAGACUCUUCUGGAGAAGACAAAGACUCAGUCACGUUUGAGGCUUUUCCUGGAGACAUCUGGCUCUAACGAUGUAGCCGUGUCGUGGUCGGACCAGAGGUGCGGGUUCAUUAUCAAUCUGCCGAAGAAACAGAUUCAUUCUUUCCCGGCGCUGUAUCCCAAACUUCGUGGCGAUCUUCUCAAAUGCUUCACUGCCUCGAGCAUCCAAGCUUCCGGUCAGCCUCCCGCUGCUGACGACUGGGCAGGUGUUGAGGUUGACGCCGGUACUGGAAAGCCUACCGUCCUCGAGGCGGUCGUUCAACAACCGCAGAACCACGCGGAAACUGGCGAACACCUCCCAAACUGGGGAUCCCUGCCUCGACCUGACGACUUUUUUCUGCAACCGCCCUACUACCUCAUUCUUCAUGGGAGCGCCAGCCAGAUUGUAAUCGAAUGUAGUCACAGCCCGUCGCUGAAGCUGCUCUCCGAGUAUCUUAAGCGUUGGUGCAGAGUCAAUCACAAUGACUCGCGAUCUCCACCGGCAGUCAGCAUUCAGUUGCACCAGUCAGCCUUUGGGUUAAGCGAGAUGUUUGACAAGCUCGAGCUCAGCACACAGGAUAACCGCUACACAACUCAGUUCCAAAUGACUUCGCCCAUGCUAUUGGCUUUGAUAGAAGGUGUGUUGGGCUAUAAGCUAUUGUCGAACCAAGGGGGAACAUGGAACUUCCGCCGGGAAACCGAGUUCCUCUCACAGCGGUGA